GCGAGCAGGGGCUUCCGGCGGGGCCCGGCAGGCGCCGAGGAGGAAGACCGAACCGGACGGCAGCUCUCUCGUCCGAACCUCGGCGCGGGCCAGGAUGACGACUUCAGGCGCUCUGUUUCCAAGCCUGGUGCCAGGCUCCCGCGGGUCCUCCAACAAGUAUUUGGUGGAGUUUCGGGCAGGAAAAAUGUCAUUAAAAGGAACUACCGUCACCCCAGAUAAAAGGAAAGGGCUGGUGUAUAUUCAGCAGACGGAUGAUUCCCUCAUUCACUUCUGCUGGAAAGACAGGACGUCGGGGAACGUGGAAGAUGAUUUGAUCAUCUUCCCUGAUGACUGUGAGUUCAAGCGUGUGCCGCAGUGCCCCAGCGGGAGGGUCUAUGUGCUCAAGUUCAAGGCAGGCUCCAAACGGCUCUUCUUCUGGAUGCAGGAGCCCAAGACCGACCAGGACGAGGAGCACUGCCGCAAAGUCAACGAGUACCUGAACAACCCCCCGAUGCCCGGCGCGCUGGGCGCCAGCGGGAGUGGCGGCCACGAGCUGUCUGCCCUGGGCGGCGAGGGCGGCCUGCAGAGCCUGCUGGGGAGCAUGAGUCACAGCCAGCUCAUGCAGCUCAUCGGACCGGCCGGCCUCGGUGGCCUGGGUGGGCUGGGGGCCCUGACUGGGCCGGGCCUGGCCAGCUUACUGGGGAGCGGAGGGCCUCCUGCGAGCAGCUCUUCGUCCAGCUCCCGGAGCCAGUCGGCAGCGGUCACCCCGUCCUCCACAACCUCUUCUGCCCGUGCCACCCCAGCCCCUUCUGCUCCAGCAGCUGCCUCGGCGACCAGCCCGAGCCCCGCGCCCAGUUCAGGUAAUGGAACCAGCACGGCGGCCAGCCCAACCCAGCCCAUCCAGCUGAGCGACCUCCAGAGCAUUCUGGCCACCAUGAACGUGCCGGCCGGGCCCGGAGGCGGCCAGCAAGUUGACCUGGCCAGUGUUCUCACGCCCGAGAUCAUGGCACCCAUCCUUGCCCACGCGGACGUGCAGGAGCGCCUGCUGCCCUACCUGCCCUCUGGGGAGUCGCUGCCACAGACCGCGGAGGAGAUCCAGGGCACGCUGACCUCCCCCCAGUUCCAGCAGGCCUUGGGCAUGUUCAGCGCGGCCUUGGCCUCGGGGCAGCUGGGCCCCCUCAUGUGCCAGUUUGGCCUGCCCGCGGAGGCCGUGGAGGCCGCCAACAAGGGCGAUGUGGAGGCGUUUGCCAAAGCAAUGCAGAACAGUGCUAGGUCGGAGCAGAAGGAGGGCGACGGGAAGGAGAAGAAGGACGAGGAGGAGGAUAUGAGCUUGGAUUGAGUUAUUUGCCGUCUCGGGGGAGUUCUCAGCUGGGCGUGGUCCGUCGCACGCCUCACCUCUUCCCACUUGCUAAUAAUAAAAGUCUUGUCUUUUACCUGCCAA